UGUGCUGCGUUACCGCGCAUCAGGCGCUGUUGUUGGAGCCGGAACACCGUGCGACUCUGACCGAACCGGCCCCCUCCUCGCGCACACACUCGCCGAGCCGCGCGCGCCCCUCCGCCGUGACAGUGGCCGUGGCCUCCGCUCUCUCGGGGCACCCGGCAGCCAGAGCGCGGCGAGAGCGGGCGGUCGCCAGGGUCCCCUCCCCAGCCAGUCCCAGGCGCCCGGUGCACUAUGCGGGGCACGUGCGCCCCCCAGCUCUAAUCUGCGCGCUGACAGGAGCAUGAUCUGUGCCCAGGCCAGGGCUGCCAAGAAUCUGUACCAGAACAGGUUUUUAGGCCUGGCCGCCAUGGCGUCUCCUUCUAGAAACUCCCAGAGCCGACGCCGGUGCAAGGAGCCGCUCCGAUACAGCUACAACCCCGACCAGUUCCACAACAUGGACCUCAGGGGCGGCCCCCACGAUGGCGUCACCAUUCCCCGCUCCACCAGCGACACUGACCUGGUCACCUCGGACAGUCGCUCCACGCUCAUGGUCAGCAGCUCCUACUAUUCCAUCGGGCACUCUCAGGACCUGGUCAUCCACUGGGACAUAAAGGAGGAAGUGGACGCUGGGGACUGGAUUGGCAUGUACCUCAUUGAUGAGGUCUUGUCCGAAAACUUUCUGGACUAUAAAAACCGUGGAGUCAAUGGUUCUCAUCGGGGCCAGAUCAUCUGGAAGAUCGAUGCCAGCUCAUACUUUGUGGAACCUGAAACUAAGAUCUGCUUCAAAUACUACCAUGGAGUGAGUGGGGCCCUGCGAGCAACCACCCCCAGUGUCACGGUCAAAAACUCGGCAGCUCCUAUUUUUAAAAGCAUUGGUGCUGAUGAGACCGUCCAAGGACAAGGAAGUCGGAGGCUGAUCAGCUUCUCUCUCUCAGAUUUCCAAGCCAUGGGGUUGAAGAAAGGGAUGUUUUUCAACCCAGACCCUUAUCUGAAGAUUUCCAUUCAGCCUGGGAAACACAGCAUCUUCCCCGCCCUCCCUCACCAUGGACAGGAGAGGAGAUCCAAGAUCAUAGGCAACACCGUGAACCCCAUCUGGCAGGCCGAGCAAUUCAGUUUUGUGUCCUUGCCCACUGACGUGCUGGAAAUUGAGGUGAAGGACAAGUUUGCCAAGAGCCGCCCCAUCAUCAAGCGCUUCUUGGGAAAGCUGUCGAUGCCCGUUCAAAGACUCCUGGAGAGACACGCCAUAGGGGAUAGGGUGGUCAGCUACACACUUGGCCGCAGGCUUCCAACAGAUCAUGUGAGUGGACAGCUGCAAUUCCGAUUUGAGAUCACUUCCUCCAUCCACCCAGCAGAUGAUGAGGAGAUUUCCCUGAGUACCGAGCCUGAGUCAGCCCAAAUUCAGGACAGCCCCAUGAACAACCUGAUGGAAAGCGGCAGUGGGGAACCUCGGUCUGAGGCACCAGAGUCCUCUGAGAGCUGGAAGCCAGAGCAGCUGGGUGAGGGCAGUGUCCCCGAUGGUCCAGGGAACCAAAGCAUGGAGCUUUCCAGACCAGCUGAGGAAGCAGCAGUCAUCAUGGAGGCAGGAGACCAGGGCAUGGUCUCUGUGGGACCUGAAGGGGCUGGGGAGCUCCUGGCCCAGGUGCAAAAGGACAUCCAGCCUGCCCCCAGUGCAGAAGAGCUGGCCGAGCAGCUGGACCUGGGUGAGGAGGCGUCAGCACUGCUGCUGGAAGACGGUGAAGCCCCAGCCAGCACCAAGGAGGAGCCCUUGGAGGAGGAAGCAACAACCCAGAGCCGGGCUGGAAGGGAAGAAGAGGAGAAGGAGCAGGAGGAGGAGGGAGAUGUGUCUACCCUGGAACAGGGAGAGGGCAGGCUGCAGCUGCGGGCCUCGGUGAAGAGAAAAAGCAGGCCCUGCUCCUUGCCUGUGUCCGAGCUGGAGACGGUGAUCGCGUCAGCCUGCGGGGACCCCGAGACCCCGCGGACACACUACAUCCGCAUCCACACCCUGCUGCACAGCAUGCCCUCCGCCCAGGGCGGCAGCGCGGCAGAGGAGGAGGACGGCGCGGAGGAGGAGUCCACCCUCAAGGACUCCUCGGAGAAGGAUGGGCUCAGCGAGGUGGACACGGUGGCCGCUGACCCGUCUGCCCUGGAAGAGGACAGAGAAGAGCCCGAGGGGGCUACUCCAGGCACGGCGCACCCUGACCACUCCGGGGGCCACUUCCCCAGCCUGGCCAAUGGCGCGGCCCAGGAUGGCGACACGCACCCCAGCACCGGGAGCGAGAGCGACUCCAGCCCCAGGCAAGGCGGGGACCACAGUUGCGAGGGCUGUGACGCGUCCUGCUGCAGCCCCUCGUGCUACAGCUCCUCGUGCUACAGCACGUCCUGCUACAGCAGCUCGUGCUACAGCGCCUCGUGCUACAGCCCCUCCUGCUACAACGGCAACAGGUUCGCCAGCCACACGCGCUUCUCCUCCGUGGACAGCGCCAAGAUCUCCGAGAGCACGGUCUUCUCCUCGCAAGACGACGACGAGGAGGAGAACAGCGCGUUCGAGUCGGUACCCGACUCCAUGCAGAGCCCUGAGCUGGACCCGGAGUCCACGAACGGCGCUGGGCCGUGGCAAGACGAGCUGGCCGCCCCUAGCGGGCACGUGGAAAGAAGCCCGGAAGGUCUGGAAUCCCCCGUGGCAGGUCCAAGCAAUCGGAGAGAAGGUGAAUGUCCUAUACUCCAUAAUUCCCAGCCAGUAAGCCAGCUUCCUUCCCUGAGGCCUGAACAUCAUCACUACCCAACAAUCGAUGAGCCUCUUCCACCAAACUGGGAAGCUCGAAUUGACAGCCACGGGCGGGUCUUUUAUGUGGACCACGUGAACCGCACAACCACCUGGCAGCGUCCGACGGCAGCAGCCACCCCGGAUGGCAUGCGGAGAUCGGGGUCCAUCCAGCAGAUGGAGCAACUCAACAGGCGGUAUCAAAACAUUCAGCGAACCAUUGCAACAGAGAGGUCCGAAGAAGAUUCUGGCAGCCAAAGCUGCGAGCAAGCCCCAGCAGGAGGAGGCGGAGGUGGAGGGAGUGACUCAGAAGCCGAAUCUUCCCAGUCCAGCUUAGAUCUAAGGAGAGAAGGGUCACUUUCUCCAGUGAACUCACAAAAAAUCACCUUGCUGCUGCAGUCCCCAGCGGUCAAGUUCAUCACCAACCCCGAGUUCUUCACUGUGCUGCACGCCAAUUAUAGUGCCUACCGAGUCUUCACCAGUAGCACCUGCUUAAAGCACAUGAUUCUGAAAGUCCGACGGGAUGCUCGCAAUUUUGAACGCUACCAGCACAACCGGGACUUGGUGAAUUUCAUCAACAUGUUCGCAGACACUCGGCUGGAAUUGCCCCGGGGCUGGGAGAUCAAAACGGACCAGCAGGGAAAGUCUUUUUUCGUGGACCACAACAGUCGAGCUACCACUUUCAUUGACCCCCGAAUCCCUCUUCAGAACGGUCGUCUUCCCAAUCAUCUAACUCACCGACAGCACCUCCAGAGGCUCCGAAGUUACAGCGCUGGAGAGGCCUCAGAAGUUUCUAGAAACAGAGGAGCCUCUUUACUGGCCAGGCCAGGACACAGCUUAGUAGCUGCUAUUCGAAGCCAACAUCAACAUGAGUCAUUGCCACUGGCAUAUAAUGACAAGAUUGUGGCAUUUCUUCGCCAGCCAAACAUUUUUGAAAUGCUGCAAGAGCGUCAGCCAAGCUUAGCAAGAAACCACACACUCAGGGAGAAAAUCCAUUACAUUCGGACUGAGGGUAAUCACGGGCUUGAGAAGUUGUCCUGUGAUGCGGAUCUGGUCAUUUUGCUGAGUCUCUUUGAAGAAGAGAUUAUGUCCUACGUCCCCCUGCAGGCUGCCUUCCACCCUGGGUAUAGCUUCUCUCCCCGCUGUUCACCCUGUUCUUCACCUCAGAACUCCCCAGGUUUACAGAGAGCCAGUGCAAGAGCCCCUUCCCCCUACCGAAGAGACUUUGAGGCCAAGCUCCGCAAUUUCUACAGAAAACUGGAAGCCAAAGGAUUUGGUCAGGGUCCGGGGAAAAUUAAGCUCAUUAUUCGCCGGGAUCAUUUGUUGGAGGGAACCUUCAAUCAGGUGAUGGCCUAUUCGCGGAAAGAGCUCCAGCGAAACAAGCUCUACGUCACCUUUGUUGGAGAGGAGGGCCUGGACUACAGUGGCCCCUCGCGGGAAUUCUUCUUCCUUCUGUCUCAGGAGCUCUUCAACCCUUACUAUGGACUCUUUGAGUACUCGGCAAAUGAUACUUACACGGUGCAGAUCAGCCCCAUGUCCGCAUUUGUAGAAAACCAUCUUGAGUGGUUCAGGUUUAGCGGUCGCAUCCUGGGCCUGGCUCUGAUCCAUCAGUACCUUCUUGACGCUUUCUUCACGAGGCCCUUCUACAAGGCACUCCUGAGACUGCCCUGUGAUUUGAGUGACCUGGAAUAUUUGGAUGAGGAAUUCCACCAGAGUUUGCAGUGGAUGAAGGACAACAACAUCACAGACAUCUUAGACCUCACUUUCACUGUUAAUGAAGAGGUUUUUGGACAGGUCACGGAAAGGGAGUUGAAGUCUGGAGGAGCCAACACACAGGUGACAGAGAAGAACAAGAAGGAGUACAUCGAGCGCAUGGUGAAGUGGCGGGUGGAGCGCGGCGUGGUACAGCAGACCGAGGCGCUGGUGCGCGGCUUCUACGAGGUUGUAGACUCGAGGCUGGUGUCCGUGUUUGAUGCCAGGGAGCUGGAGCUGGUGAUAGCUGGCACCGCGGAAAUCGACCUAAAUGACUGGCGGAAUAACACCGAGUACCGGGGAGGUUACCACGAUGGGCAUCUUGUGAUCCGCUGGUUCUGGGCUGCGGUGGAGCGCUUCAAUAAUGAGCAGAGGCUGAGAUUACUGCAGUUUGUCACGGGAACAUCCAGCGUGCCCUACGAAGGCUUCGCAGCCCUCCGUGGGAGCAAUGGGCUUCGGCGCUUCUGCAUAGAGAAAUGGGGGAAAAUUACUUCUCUCCCCAGGGCACACACAUGCUUCAACCGACUGGAUCUUCCACCGUAUCCCUCGUACUCCAUGUUGUAUGAAAAGCUGUUAACAGCAGUAGAGGAAACCAGCACCUUUGGACUUGAGUGAGGACAUGGAACCUCGCCUGACAUUUUCCUGGCCAGUGACAUCACCCUUCCUGGGAUAAUCCCCUUUUCCCUUUCCCUUAAUCAACUCUCCUUUGAUUUUGGUAUUCCAUGAUUUUUAUUUUCAAACCAAAUCAGGAUUGACAAAAGCUGUGCAUGAAGAACUGCCUUCUUCUAAGAUCUAACCUUCAGGCUUCUCUCCUCUGUUUUCAAUGAACUGCUAGCCUGUAUGCAAUAUUAAAAAACAGCUGUCUCAA